UAAUAGAUGCAGAGUGUUGUGCUUUUAAGAGUUAUAAUGACCGAACGUCAUAAAAGUAAUGGUCGUCGACGUCGAUUGUUGUUGCCUAGGCUUUAUGAAUAGUCUGCAAACAUUUGUUGUACGUUGUUCAUUUUGCAGCAGUCAUGAGUUUUCAAAUCGCAUAUUGUGGAAGUGAAUGUUUCGAAAUCGAACAGAAAGAACACGGUGAAAAUAAGGACAACAAUAUUCAGAUUAGUUUACCAAACAAUACAAAGGACGAAAAAGUAGGUGAAGGCGCCAAAAGCUUUGCCACCGAGGUAACAUCAAAAUGGCUGAACUUUUCUUUAAAGCUUCAUGAUUUCGUGAAUUCUAACUAUAAUCGUUAUAUAGAAGAUUUUACUAAUGAUGAAGUUGAAAACAAAAUUAAGCGUAGAAGGAAUUGCGCUCAGUUUGUUUUAAAACAAGUUGAUAAUGAAAAUAAAUCUUGCUUAUUACCGAUUGUUUCUGGACUUAAUAUAACGGACCCCAAGACAACAGAAAUAGGCACUAUCGCCUUGGAUGAAAGACUGACAGAAACCGAGGAUGCUAAAGUUCAUGCUCCUGUGAAAAUGUCUGGAUUUCUGUCGUCUUCAGCAAACCCGUGGACAUCAGACGACAAUAUUGCCAAUGACGAAAAUGUAACUCCAGUAGAGCAGGUUCAACCAGAAGGGUGCUUUUGUUGGCCUCUUGUUCAUUUGAUUUACAGAAUACGGUACCGAUUGUUUGACAAGAAAAAGGACAAGAAACUUCAGAAAAAAACAAAAAGGUAAGGAUUAGGAAACAGAGAAAUACUACGGUAUGUUUUCAAUUAUGCAUACUACUUGCCACUGGACAUUAACCAUACAAAACCAACAAAUAAACUAAUGAAUCUUAUUUUAAAUUAUAUUUAAAUCAAGUAACUUUUUUAUACUUCUAUAUAUAUAUUUAGCAAAAAAUGAAAUGGAUAAUACGUAAUGGUCCAAUAUACGAUACUUCUCAGUGGUAUAAUUAUUCGGCGGGAAAAUAUUUCAUUGCAGUUAUUUCUCUUUUUCAGAUAAUAAAAGCAGGAUACAGAAGAAUA